AUGGCUACGAUACAGGGCUCCUGUCACAACUGUCGCGCUCGAAAGGUGCGAUGCGACCGAAAUACACCCCGGUGUUCCUCGUGCCAGUUGCGGGGUGUUGAUUGCCAGAUACCGGCGUCUCCACCGCGGAUACUCUGGCUGCGGCCGCGCAAUGCUCAUGGCAAGGGUGAAGUGGAGGAGUUGCAUGCAAGGCGGCAGCCUCUAGUCACAGAAAACCAACUCGGUAGCAAUGCUACCAAACUGGUGUCCAUCUUGGGAGGCGUCUCGAUAGCUGCGGCCCUCAAUGAGCUAGAUCAACAGGCUAUUGGCCUCCAGUCCGACGAGACCACGUCCAUUGGACCUUUUCAUGCAUUUCGGUCCAUGGACGACAUCUCCUCGGCUCAACCUGACGCAGAGUCAGACACCACCGCAUUUGCAGACCUGGACCCGGUAACGUCCGAUGCAAUAUAUGGACUACCAGAUGAUUCAGUCUUGUUCUCCGAAAUAGCAGGACAGAUGCAUACCCCCAAUCAUACAUAUUCAGCUUCGAACCCACCCAAUCUCGCAUUCCCCUUGAACUCACCACUCGCGCGAAGCACACCACAAGACCUGGUCGACUUCACAGCCCCUACUGCUAAGCUCUUGGAUCACUACCGCCGCACCAUUAUCAAUUACCUGGCCCCGGCACGUGUCAAAUCCAAGUCCCCCUGGGAGAAGGUUUACAUCCCCAGCGUGCUCGGCGCUAUCGGCGAGAUCCUUCUCAAGGGGGAUAGCAGCAACGCGCGAGUGUCCCUUCUCUUCUCGGUCCUUGCAGUUAGUGCAUUCAGUCUACACGAAGACACCCUGUUAGAAGAUGAAUGGGGUUGUUAUGCAAGUCCCCGCCUCCUUGGAAACAUGUAUCGUGCGAGAGCUACUAUACGCUUAAAAAAGUCCCUACGGGACCUGUCGGCCGGCGGGACAAAGAAAGACAAGUACAAGGAUAUCCUCAUGGCACUGCUGAGUAUGGUGACGAUUUGUAUAGUCAGCGGGGACAUGAACAAUGCAGCACACUACCUGCGAGACAUCGAGGAGAUCAUCCACCGGUACGGAACACGCAAAGUCGCCCGAUCGGUGAAAGUGCGCAUGUUACACAGUAUCUAUCUCUACACACGUAUGUUGACGGAGCGUCUGUGCUUUAAGAACCUGGACUCUGAUGCCGUCGCGACGGGCGAUGGGGCUGAGAAGCCCUUCGACCCCCUUGCGCACUCAGUGCAGAUUUCCACGAUGGACUACAUGGUUGGCCCUGUCUACGUACCCGUUGCAGAUGACUGGGUCCGGGACUUGGAGGAUUCUGAUCCCAAAUUCCGGUCCCCUUUUGAGGAUAUCUACUCUCUACCGCAGUCGCUGUUUGAGCUCAUCGCCGCGACAACGCGAUUAGCAUCCAGCUUGGGAAGAUCAACUAUGCGCGACUUUUCAGAGCCGGUACACCACAGUACGCUCUUAGCGAGUAUCAAAAACCUGGAGAAUCAAAUAUGCAGUUGGGAGUACGGCACCGAAGACAUCAACAGUGCUUCACCCCGGCCCCCGAGGGAGCGCUCCCCGUACCACCUCGUCCAGGCGGUUCACAAAGCCCUGAUCAUCCACUUCCACCGGGCCAUCCGGAACGUCAAUGCGGCCAUCCUCCAGCCAUAUGUCCACGACGUGAUGCGGCAUCUGAUUGCAUACGACGACUGCAGGCACAGGCUCAAUGACCAAUCAGCAGAUACUUGCUGGCCCGCAUUCAUCGCUGGCUGUGAAGCACUGGAUCCUCAACUCCAGGGGGAGUUUUCCCGGUGGCUGCAAAUCGCCGCCCAGACGACGGGGAUCCGGAUGUAUACUGUAGCGCUGGAGGCCGUGCGGCAGGUCUGGGAAGCGCGGAGGCGUCCUGGUAAGCAGGAUGCGGCUUGGUUCCAGGUGCUAUUCAAUUCCAGUGAUCUAAGGGUGUUGGUGCUAAGCUGA